AUGUCCACAGUAUUCGCUAAUGUGUCACUAGUAUCUCUAGUUCACGCCGAUACUUUCUCCGCAACGUUGAAAAAUGUAUCCCUAUACCAACCACAAUUAACAUUAAUAGAAAAAUAUUGGGCUUCAUGGUAUAUUUAUAUGUCAAAUGAUAUCUUGGCCACUGGUCUCAUGUUCUUCCUGUUGCAUGAGUUUGUCUAUUUCUCCAGAUCGCUCCCUUGGUUCAUUAUAGACCAAAUCCCUUAUUUCCGCCGUUGGAAAUUACAACCUACAAAGAUUCCAACUAUAAAAGAACAAUGGUAUUGUUUCAAAUCGGUCUUAUUAUCACAUUUUCUUGUUGAAGCCAUUCCUAUUUGGACUUUCCAUCCAUUGUGUGAAACUCUAGGUAUUAAAGUGACUGCUCCAUUCCCAUCUUGGAAAAAAAUGGUUCCAGAAAUUGCCCUUUUCUUUGUCCUUGAAGAUGUGUGGCAUUAUUGGGCUCAUCGUCUUUUCCAUUAUGGCGUCUUUUACAAAUACAUUCACAAGCAACACCACCGUUAUGCGGCUCCAUUUGGAUUAUCUGCAGAGUAUGCUCAUCCAGCUGAAACAUUAAGUUUAGGGUUCGGUACCGUUGGGAUGCCAAUCUUUUAUGUUCUUUACACAGGUGAUUUACAUUUAUUUACUUUAUGUCUUUGGAUCACUCUUAGAUUAUUCCAAGCUGUGGAUUCUCACUCCGGUUAUGACUUUCCUUGGAGUUUAAAUAAAUUCUUACCAUUCUGGGCUGGUGCCGAACACCAUGAUUUACAUCAUCAUUAUUUCAUUGGUAAUUAUGCUUCUUCUUUCAGAUGGUGGGAUUAUUGUUUGGACACUGAAGCUGGUCCAGAAGCCAAAUCUAAGAGAGAAGAAAAGAUGAAAUUACGUGCUCAAAGAGAUGUGAAAAAAAUGAAUUGA